AGCGUGUGGAGGCUGCCAGGCUCACACGCACGCCGUUCGUGUUGUGCUCCUCUCGCCCUGUACGUGUGAGGUGCUCCUCACACUGCUACCUUCCUCCACACUUUUGCUGUCCGUUCAGUUACGAACACAGUGUUACCUAUGAGUUGAAAUGACACUUAGAAGUAACCCAAAAUAACUGAUAGAAGCAUUUGUUUCAGAAAUCUACACAUCAAAACUCAUUUCAGUAGUGUUUGUGCAUAUAUUAAUAACUGUAUACUAAACUCACAACAUGAAAGUCAGGUCGUAUCUGUAUUUGGGGUCAUAAUAGUGGAGUGACAGAGAACAUAAUUGUGUUGAUAAUAUUACCGUGAGAGUUGAGGCUAGUGGUUCCCGGGCUGGAGUGUCCAAGUCCCUGUGAAGCACACAACACAGCUGGGAUAAUGACCCCAGCUGUCUUCCACUAGAUGAUGGGGCGACCGCGCUCCCUUGCGCCUCUCUGUGUGUCGGUACACUCUCUUGGACUACAGCCCAACUCUUCCUCUAUAAAACAAAAUACCCGCACGCACAGACACUCGCUAGAAGGGUGCACCAUGAUAACAUAAGUAACAUCCCCAAACUUUGUCUGUGACCUUGAGAAAAAGUGCAAAAAAAACGUUAAAGAAAACCAAGAAAGACGUCCGAGCCAGUAGGGAAUUAUUCCCGUGAGUCACGGUUGGAGGAACGAGCAAAGUAGCAAAAGCUCCGGAGUACCAUCAACGUGCCCCGCCGCCUCCGGAGGACCACCGCCUCUGGACGACCACCGCCUCUGGAGCACCACCUCCGGACCACCGCCUCUGGAGCACCACCUCCGGACCACCGCCUCUGGAGCACCACCUCCGGACCACCGUCUCUGGAGAACCACCGCCUCUGGAGCACCACCUCCGGACCACCGCCUCUGGAGCACCACCUCCGGACCACCGUCUCUGGAGGACCACCGCCUCCUGAGCACCACCGCCACCUCCGGAGCACCACCUGCUCUGGACAGCAUCAACUAGCGUGAUGCAGCGAAGACACUCGUCCAAGGUCCGCACCGUCUCCUUCAGCGAGAGUGAGUUGGAGAGUCGUGAUGAUGGUCAGCAUGGGGGGCAGUACAUGUAUGAUGAGGACGAUGCCUCCAUCACCUCGCUACCAGCAGAACUGCCGCCCCCUCCUGACGGUGGCUGGGGCUGGAUGAUUGUCUUCGUCUCCUUCUUGUGUAAUGCCAUCGUGGACGGCGUCGCCUACUCCUUCAGUCCCUUCCUCGACACCAUAUCUAAACAGUUCGAUGCACCCAAGGGAAAGGUGGCUUGGAUUCCAUCCCUUUUGGCAGGGGUUUACCUUAGUGCUGGUCCUAUUGUGUCAGCACUAUCAAACAGAUAUGGGUGCCGUGCUGUGUGUAUGGUGGGCGGUGUCAUUGCGUCUUUUGCAUAUUUUCUCACCAUCUUUGCAAAUUCUGUUGAAUAUUUAAUGCUUUUCCAAGGAGUCAUAGGAGGACUUGGGUUUGGUCUUAUCUACCUUCCUGCAGUCGUGUGUGUGGGCUACUACUUUGAGUCGAAGCGUGCCCUGGCAACAGGAAUUGCCGUGUGCGGCUCAGGGAUCGGUACCAUGAUCUUCCCCCCACUCCUCACAUACCUCAUUUCUGUCUACUCUUGGCAAGGAACUCAUUUGCUCAUUGCUGGACUAAUUCUUAAUUGCUGUUGCUUUGGUGCUCUUAUGAGACCUCUAGAGGUCCCAAGGAUGACGAAGAAAGAUCUCAUGCAAAGGCUGGCUGAGGAAAAGCGAGCACAAUUAGAGGCUGGAUCAUUUUGCGGCUCCUCGUACAUCACCUACACUCACCCCGAUGGCACCGUGGAGAGACAUCCUAGGAGAGCCAUGAAUCCAGACCCUGGAGUACAUUCACAUCUUAACCUUUCUGGAUACCUUACUCCUGUACCAACAAGCCUAGCACUGCCUACCAUUCAGGAGACACAAGGCAACACUCCACCUGAUCAAGACUCUCCCCUAGCUGCAUCGGAGAAGGAGAAUACCCCCACAUCUCCUAAUCCUGCUAACCUUGAACAUCCAGAGGGUGGAGAUGAAAAGCAAAGUUUAGUGCAAGGAGCAGAUGGUAGCGGUGUAACACAUGUCUUACCAUCUCGUGUUGGUGCGGUUCCUGCACCCACCAAGAUGCCGCGCAACUGCUCCCAACCUGUUAUGGCACUUGGCUCUUCUGGUUUAAUUCCAAAAAAUGGAUCCGUCCCUAACUUUGAAAGAAGAUUCUCUAAAGUUGAGUAUGCAAGCCAUAUGAAGGUGGUCCCUGCUACUCCUAAGGCUUCUUCAACCAAUUUACGUGCCCUGGGUUCUCAAGAGAUACGUCGCAUGUCUGGUGGUUAUGGCCGUGUAAAUUCUAAUAAUUCAUUUAUUGAUCCUGAAGUUGCUGGGCUUCGUCAAAGACGUGCUUCAUCAAAAUCCAUGAUGCUUCGCCCAAUGUCACGUCAAGAUAUAUUUUAUUCAGGCAGCAUCGCCAAUUUACGAGAGUUCAAGUCACAGGCAUCAAUGCUGUCAUACCGCGAGUCUGCUCUGAACCUACAGGGCACUGGUGCUUCCAGAGUAGUUCUUGAUGCUCUUGAUGGACCAGAAGAGGAAGUAGGGAGCUGUAGCUGCCUGCCAGAAUCAAUAAGGGGAACUCUUGGCCAAAUGAUGGACUUCUCACUUAUGAAGAACCCAAUCUUCCUCUUAAUUGGUGUGGCUAAUCUCUUCGGCAUGCUGGGUUUCUAUACACCAUUUGUCUAUCUGCCUGCUGCAGCUAUUGAGAAGGGUAUUGAACCAGAGUAUGCAACAUUUUUGAUCUCCAUUAUUGGCAUCACCAACACUGUUGGCCGGGUCCUUUCAGGAUUUAUUGCUGACUUGCCGUGGGUCAGCCCCCUAUGGAUCAACAACAUAUGCAUUAUACUUUCUGGUGUGUGCGUCUUUCUCACACCUUUUGCCAGUUCCUACGGGUCAUUCGUUGCACUCUCAUUAUUCUUUGGAUUCUUUGUGUCUCCGUUCAUCGCCCUCACCUCCAUCAUCAUUGUGGACCUGCUGAGUCUCAGACAGCUCACCAAUGCCUUUGGUCUUCUGUGUAUCUUCCGUGGCGUGGCUGGGAUCUUGGGCCCACCAGUGUCAGCUGCCUACAUCUCCCUCUCAUCCAUCAUCUUGGUACAACUUCUUGGCCUGGCGCAUCUCACCAAUGCCUUUGGGCUGCUCAUCCUCUUCCGUGGUUCUGCUUCCAUGGUGGGCGCACCCAUCUCUGGAAGUAUAUAUGAUGCCACAAAGAGCUAUGAUAUCUCCUUCUACUCGGCGGGUGGACUGUUAUUUGUGUGUGCAGCUCUCCACUGUGUUGUCCCACUUGUCCAACGAUGCUAUGAAAAUGAUAUGCCGGUACGGUACACGACAAAUGAAGAAUAUCUAGCAGCUGUGCCUGAAGAAGGCGAGAGUGAAGCUGGUGUAUCUCCAGAUACAGGCGAGGGUGUUGGCAUCAUCUUAGACAUCAAACCUAAAGAUUCUACAAUUAUACACCAAGAAUCUGGAGAAAAUAAAAUUAUGCUUGAUGCAACUCAAAAUGAAAAAGAGAAAGAGAAUGUCUCAUCUCUGUGAGUCUGGAAAAUACAGGUGCUUCAACAGUGUAUAGUUCAAUUAAAUACACUUGACAUUUGAGAAAUAUUUUAUUUCAAAAAUUUGUUGUAAAAAUAAUCUCACUAAGAACAGAAGAAUAAUGAGUGUGGACAUGUUUAUACUCAAAUUCUGGUGUGUAUGAAAAUGGUUGCAAUCAGAUAUAAGAUUAAAAUAAUUUUUUAUGGUCUAUUGUGAUUUAUUAAUGUUGGUCUUUCAUUGUUAAAAUAUUUAAAGUGCUUGCAGAAAUCUCUGUGAUUUUUAAAUACCUGCAAAAAAAAGAGUUAAUGCCAUUGCAUUAGCAAAAAGACACAAGUAUUAUUUUAUUUUAACAUUUGAUGCAUCUUGUGAACUCUGGAUUUUGUCAAUCACAGAUAUUAAGUUAGUUAUGUAAAACACCUAUUAGUUUCUAACAGUCAUUCUCAAAGGUAGUAGUGGAUUCAUUUAUUCUGAUAAUUCUUAGUUAUUAUUGACCACAAAUAAAAAUAUAAAAUUGAACCUUACUACUGUACAACCUUUUCAGAUGAAGUUUAAAAACAUUCCUCGAGUAUAUUCCUAAUGAAUAUUAUAAGCUCUGACAGAACUCCCAGCCAUGGCUACCUAACCUUCCAGAUAUUUUUAUAUAUUUCUUUGUUUAUCACAUCUGACUUCAGAUUGACUUUAUAUUUCUUAUUAGUUUGACUUCCUUUUAAAAUGUAAUGCAAACGAACCUAUUUAUGUAGCUACCGUAUGCUGUGAUGUAGUGCAAAGUAUGUAAUUAAAAUCCCCCCAAAUUAAAAUCUUUGCAUCCAGUGUUAUGUCUUGUAUACAUUUAUCAGCAGCCUAGGAAGUGAAGACUAUUAGCACUAGUAUGCACACUUGAAGGUACUGCGUGAAGCACAAUUUAAACAUUUUAUCAGAUACUGCACAAAACACACACAACCCCUCAGACAGUCCCAUCCAGACUUGGUCGUUUCGUUGAACAGGAAGAGCCUUGAUGUACAUCUGUAGUGGCACUGAUGGUCACCAAAAGAAAAAAGAAAAAAUGUCUGGUUCAAAAGAUAUAAAUUCCAAAAUACUUAGGGGUUAACACUUUAAAUGGAGCGAAAAGUUAGAAUUGCUUCCUCAGGACUGCACCAGGGAAAGUUUGAGUGUGCCUACUAGGUUUGUCUAGGAUAGCUCAAGUAGUUAGCAUGCACAGAGCAAAAUUAGGGCAAGUUACAAAAUAAGUAUAUAGCUUGACAAACAAAAUGGCUAAUGUAUAGUAACACUUUUUAAGUAAUUGAGAAUAAUUAAUUAUAUGAUUGUUUAGCUACCAAACUUUUCUUUCUUGAUAUUUUUAAUAAUGUAUCAAUCUGCUAUUCUUUUAUAUAGAAAACUAUUUGUUGUGUUGCUAAUACUGUACUGUAAUAGUUAAUCUCUAGUUCCGUGUAAUGUAUUAGUAUACUGAGAGUUUAUAGUACAAUACUUAUAUAAUAGCCAGUUUUUUUUAUAUAAGUGAAGUGUUUUAUCACAAAGUUUUAGGGUAAACUCAUAAGGGAUCUCUUUCCAGGCAAUAAUUUACUGAAAGUUAAAGUAUGAAUACAAAGCAGAUACAGAAACCCUACCCUACUAUAAUAUUAAAAUUUACCCACAAUAUUAAAUGCCUGUAUUUUUUGUACUGUUUAAUAUAAUUCAUAGUAAUGUAGAAAAUGGAAAAAAUUGUGAUUUUUUUCAAUAUAAAUAAAUUUUUGAAUUAUGUCUGUGAUGAGAAUUGCUGAUUUUGCAUUACAUCAGAUUAGUCAUACAGUAAUAUCACUUUGACAUUAUAUUACCAUUAAUUAGCAUGUCAAUUUUUUCAAUUGUUUAUGCAUUAAUGAACAAAAUUAAGUUAUAAAUAAUAUAAUUUAAUUUUGUGCACUAAGCUGCAAUAAUGUCACAUUUCAAGGAAAAUGGCAUGGAUAGUACAGAUAAUAUUUUAAUGUAUCAUUUGUUUCCAAUUUUAAGAAAUCCUUUAGUGAUGUCAGUGUUGUUUUGUGUUGCAGAACAUUAUAUUUAUGAGUAAUGAGAAUAAAAUAUAAAGUACAA